AGCCCUUACCUGAUCUAAAUGAACCUACACAUGAUCAAGGAGAAAUCAAUCAUUGCCAUGAAGACAUGAUAGAGGAAGACAUUGCUGAAGGGCUCAACUUUCAUGGUCCGGUUGUACAUGACGAAUUUGAUUUCAACUUUGGAGUUUCUGAUCAGCAACAAGAGCUACAACAAGUUAUCAGUAAGUAGAUGAUUACCAAAGUUUUUUUAUUUACUUGUCUCAAUUUAGCAUUCUAUUUUUUAUACUACCUUUCUAUUGAGCAGCCUCACAUGCUAUAUUCCAUACAAAAAUGGUGGUAAGAAAAUCUGUAAAUCAAAACUAGUGAUCAGAAAAACUUGCAGUGCAAAAGGCCAAAAAAUAUAAAAUAAUCAAGUGUAUAAUUAACCUGAGCCAAUAGAUCUGAUUGGUUUUAUAUCUCAUUUUAGUUAAAUUGUUUUACACAUCUGCAAUAAUUGCUCUCCAACUAAUCAUGUACUACUAUGUCUUUUGUAGAUAUGAUGGGUGACAUGCAUGAGUAUGGUGUUUACACUGAUGCCGUGAACAUAGCCUUUGAUGACGAAGAGUUGGAAGACUCGGAUGAUGAACAUGCUCAUCAUGGAAAUGAAAAUAAUACACAUCCAUAUAGAAAUUUGACGAACGAUGAACGGUAGCAAAUCUAUGCAGCGUUGCUUGAACAAAGUGUCUGUGGAAAACUAAAAAGGAAAAGCACAACUAUAGUUGCUCAAAUGUUCCAUGUUAGUAGGCCUCAAGUGCAACGCAUUUGGCAGCGAGCAAAGCAAUGCCGUUUGCAAGGACAGCCAGUGGAUGUUAGAUCCUGGAAGUCCAAAAAGUGUGGCCGCAAAAAUAUGCAAGUAGACAUAUCUGCGGUUCUUAGUGUUCCCUUGCAUAGGAGAAGCAUUAUUCGCUCUCUAGCUAAGGCCAUUGGUGUAAAAAGGAGCAGUCUACAUAGGUGAUUCAAGCAAGGGCUACUAAGACGUCACUCUAGCACGCUCAAGCCUUUGUUGAGGGAAGAAAACAAAAAAGAGAGGCUGCAAUGGUGUGUUUCCAUGUUAGAUCACCGUACAUUGCCAAAUGAACUAAGGUUCAUUGAAAUGCACAACAUCAUCCACAUGGAUGAGAAGUGGUUUAACAUCACAUCAAAAUAUAAGAAAUAUUAUAUGCUUCCAGAAGAGGAGGACCCACACAGGGCCGUGCUAAAUAAGAAUUGCAUUGGUAAAGUUAUGUUCUUGGCUGCAGUUGCAAGACCUAUAUAUGACGAUGAAGGUAAUUGCAUCUUUGAUGGGAAGUUAGGAGUCUGGGCAUUUGUUAGAAAGGAACCAGCAAAAAGAAGAAGCCACAAUAGAAGAAGGGGGACCCUAAUCACCAAGCCGAUUAAGGUAGAUCGAAGUACUAUGAGGUCUUACGUUAUUGGCAAGGUUCUAAAAGCUAUUGUUGAACGAUGGCCACGAGAACAUACUGGAAAUACCAUUUGGAUUCAGCAAGAUAAUGCUCCUUCACAUCUCCUGGUAAAUGAUGAAGAAUUUGCUGCUGCUGUAGCACAGACGGGGUUUGACAUACGACUCAUCAACCAACCUACCAAUUCCCCAGAUUUGAAUGUCCUAGACCUAGGAUUCUUUGCGUCUCUUCAAUCCUUAACUAAUGAACGGGUUUCUAGGAACUUAGAUGACCUUAUUGACAAUGUACAGAAGGAGUUUGAUAACUAUGAUCCAACAACUUUGAACAGGGAGUUUCUAACACUACAAGGGUGUAUGAUUGAAGUGAUGAAAGAUGGUGGAGGAAACAGAUACAAGAUUUCUCACAUGAACAAAAACAGGCUAGAGGCACUAGGCAUGCUACCUAAAAGUCUUAGUUGUGACCGCCAGCUAUAUGAGGAUGUGAUCGCAACGCUAGGACUCUAAUUAUGCACAUUAGGACUGGUAUAUUCGUCGCACAAGUAUUUUGCUAAAGAUGUAAUAUAAGUCAUGAACAUUUUGUAACUGCUGUAAUAUAAUAUCAUUUGCAUUUUGCUACUGCUAUAAUAUAAAUAAUCAUGACCAUGUUUUU